AUGAGAUGGAAGGCCAUUCAAGAAUAGUUUAAAGAUUCUAGAAAUGUAAGUGUUUUACACACACUUAGGAAAAAAGAAAUGAAGAAAGGGGUUAGUUUAGAGUGAUUUUACUUGAUCCGUGAAACAGAUACUAAUAAAUAGUGCCAAAUGGCUAGAGGUAAACAGAAGAAAACAAUAGAAUUGGUGCCUAAUAGUGCGUAGUAUCCUACUACCUAUUUCAUAUAUGGUUCAAGUAAAAUCACUUUAUGAGGUAAAAAAGCUAGGGUUUCGUUGCUAGGGAAUGAGAAGGAAUGUCGAAGGUUUAGCCAAUGAAACAUCAACUUUGAAUAUCUUUUCCAUGGCAAAUUUACUAUAUUGACAGAAAAAAAAAAAACAACAAAAAUAAAGAAAAAUUAAACAGCAACAACUAUUUGCAUCAGUCUUAUACAGGACCCACUUUAUAUCUAGGAUUUGCCAAGGUAGAAUAGAAGCCACGAAAAGUCAAAGUUUGUAGAUUGUUACAAGAUGUGGGGCAGCUAAAUGGGUUAGGGUUAGGGUUGUCUGGAAACUCUUCCGUGAUUCACUGACCGGAGCCUUCCAUGAAUCUAAACGGCGGCAGAAACAAUAAAAGCAACAAGCGGGUGUCGAUUUUUAUACUUAACUUAAGCUUUGGUUUGUUUCGUUUUGUUUUUGUUUUCGCUUUCAUUUUAUUUUAUUUGUCUUAUUUUUUUUUUCAGGCUAUGAGUUUGUUAUACCCGAAAAUAGUUUACAUGUUUUGGUUUGCCGGAGAUAAGCACUCAACCCCUAACUGUCCAAUUGAACUGAAGCCUGAUUUUAACCCCUCCAGUGGCUCUCAGAGUUACACACAUAGUGAUGCAAUGUGUUUGAAGCCUGCGUAUUACAACAUCCCGUUUUUUAUGAGUAAGGCCGGCCCAAAGUCUGCCGAAUGGAACACAGGUGCACACGAAACACGGCCUGGACAUCAUCUGCAGGUAUUGAAUGAACAGAUACCGGCUAUCUUUUAAUGUAAAGUGCCGAAAAAUGAAAUGAAAGGGUUGGCUUAAUAAGUUAUUCGCAUUGAAGGGAGGGGAAAAAAAGAGAAUAGAGAAGAAUAAAACUCGAUAUUCCAUAAUGAAAGUAGGUUUCUGGGAAGAGAGAAGAGGGGAUAUUUCGCUUGGAUACGCACCACAGGAAAGUUAUGCUACCAUGGUGACAAUGGAUGUGCUGUUCUGUACUGGUCUUUCGACUGUGAUGGGAACGUGUUUACCAGACAAACAAUUCUCUAUGAUUAUUUUGCCUAUUAAAUUUAUCUUUAAUAGCCGCCUAGCGUAUGGUAACAAACUUGAAGUGUUGAUUAAUUAAUUAAUUUUUUUUUGUUUGAAAAUAUGCGUCACUGGUACAUAUCAAGCUUGAGGUCAAGGCGGCCAAGUUCUUUUUAUUUAACGUCGAUAAAGACGCAAAAAAGAUCAAGGCUAACAGCCGCGGCAAUCUUGACUGAACAAGCUUGGUCAUUUUAGAAUUUAUUAUACACAUUGUAUGACCAAAGAACAGGAAACCUUUUCUAGCGGAAAUAACGCAAGUAAUCCCAAGUGGGCAGGAAAGGCUCAUCUUGACUGGUAGACAGUCGGGGAACAAAGAAUUCUCUUCAUCAUAUGCUGAUGCCCACUCGCUGAGUCAGCCCGGCAUUCUUUAACCGAUGAAUUAUACGUUGACCGUUAAGUAUCCGAAUGAAACUCAGCCACACCACUGGAUAAAAAUACAUUGAGAAACAAAAUCCUUAAAGCCAGAUAUUUUUAUUCAAUUUAGAUGCAAGGGAAUCUGGAGCAUUUUCAGGACACUUGUGGCGGUGUGAUUGGCUGGUUAAACUCCAUCGAAUCCCCUACAGCCUUUUCAGAAGGCUGGGGUCUGCACUCUGAAAAUCCCCGGAUAUCAGAUGACACGGAUGUAUAUGAUGAAGAACCAAUGAGGAAAUACGGAAUGCUGCAAGGGCGGGCAAGUAUAAAUGUGGAAAAAUAUCUCAGUUUUGUUGCAAUAUAGCAUGCGUAGCAGUAUAUGACUUAUGUCCAGGAUGGUUGCGAUCAGGCAUGCUAACUGAAUGCUUAUUAAGUGACGCAAAACUUUAGGUUUGUACGAUUUUGUCAGUCGGUAGCCAAAUUUUCAAAAAUUGCACUGAGGAGCUGUUUAUAUAACAUUACUGUCCCUCGUUUCAACACGUACUUUCUUAAAUACUCUAUCAGCUACAGAGGAGCAAUUUUAUGGAACGCUGUUUCGACUUAUUUUACAGGAGAAUUAACACAUUUUUAUCGUAAAGUAAAGAAGGACUCUCACAUAAAGGAACUAGAUUUUAGUGCACAGUCUGUCCAGUUGCUGCCUAGCCGGCACUAUCAUGAUUUAAAAUGUUUUUAACUAUUAUAUUUUUAAAUCUUGUAGUAAAUUACUCAUUACUCAUUUUAACUCAUAUCCAUAGUGUAUCUUUGUUAGAAUCUUAUUGUAUCUUUUUAGAGUUUUUAUAGUAGUUUCAUAUUGUAAGUAAUUUAAACUUUUAUCCUUGUUUUUUAUUAUUGCUUUAUAUUGUAAUUAUUCUUACACGACCCCACAAGCAUAGAGCUUUAAAUCUUAUCGUGUUUAAAUAAAGGAUAUCAUGAAAAAAAAAAAAAAAUGAUGAUGAUGAUGAUGAUAUUGUUUAUUUACUUCUUUUAGAUCUGGCGGGCUUUGAGGCUCAUUGUCGACACAGGACUGCACUAUAAAGGAAUGAAAAGAGAUGAAGCUAUCAAAAUGAGGUGAGAGUAGGAUGAUCAAUGAUGUUGUUGAUGAUAGAUACUCUUAUUUUUUGGCCAUCUUAGCUUAAGAAGAAACAAAAAGCAAACUGUGGUGAUAAACAUAAGGAAAUACAUUCAAAUGCAUUUCAUGAAAGAAAUGAAUUUUAACCUUGACGUUUCGUACGAAGAACCAAUGAGGAAAUACGGAACGCAUUUCUCUUGGAGCCAUUUUAACUUCCAAGAGAAACUGAAGACAAUGCUUAUGCAAAAUUUUGGGGUGACAAACAAAGAGCAUUAUGGUAUGUUAUGGUAUUUUCUGGAGUGGUAAAUACCUACUCUAAGUCAAAUUACUUUAACAGGCACACCACCAUAUAUUUAUUUAAUUAUAUUUUUGUCUCAGAUAACUCGUUACCAAAGCUUGUCGGGACAGGCAACAUCCUACAUGGUUGGUAAGCUAGGAAUUGUACAAUCUAGGGACUAUGCAACUUCUGCCUUGGGUAAAAACUUCAGCCUCAAAGAUUUCCAUUACCAGGUAUUAAUUUGGCUUAUACAAUAUGUAGUUUUCUAUUGUCUAAUUCAAAAUUCGUUGCCGGUCUAGACACUCGUAGACUACCAAAACCAAACGUCGAACUUUUCAUGAGACAAACUAUUAGUUAACUUGGAAACGUUUUACGUCUGUCUUCACGUUCUGUUCGUCUGCUUCAGGUGACGAUGUCUGGUUUGUUCAACGCUUCAUUAGUUCAACGUCUGACCUAACAGACGAACUUAUUGUAUUCACUCAAAUAAGCGCCGCGGCCCCGAUGCAAUCAAAUUAAAACAUAGUAAUUCUUUAAGUUUAAUAGGGGAAAUCAGAGGGGGCUCCUGCGUUAACUUAAAACAAUUCUUUUUCGCGUCCAUUCUUCAAAUAAACGCCACCCUCAAAUAAUCGUUGCCCUAGAAUUUGAGGCGUGAAACAUUUAAUAAGCGCCGCGGUGCUGAAUCGAGUAAAUACGGCAAUUCAGUAAUUAGAAUUUGGUUCGUCUCAUGAAAAGUUCCACGUUUAGCCUGGCUGGCCUUAGCAACUUCAAGUGAUUUAAGAUUUAGGUGCAUGGAAGCAGGGAAUUGAAUCAUUAACCAAAGCUCCGGUUGUAUCGAUACCAUGUUAUAUGAAUUGUAAUUCUCACUACGUUCAACUUCUUUCAGGUUUUAUCUCAAGGAACGUCACCAAUUGGUUUCCUCGUGGAACACAUCAAUGAUUAUGUCGAGUGCGUGAUGAAAUCCCACCUAGAAGGUUGUUCCACCUUGUUAAAUCCUCCGAAAAGUGCAGCUACCGAAAGUUUUAAAAAGAAACUAGGC